AUGAAAAGGGUAGCAUUUUAUAAGAAAGUUUAUGAAAGAAAAAGAAAAAAUGAUGAAGGAGAGAAUUCACAAGAGAAACGAAGAAAGCAGGAUCAUGAUAGUUCUGAAGAUGAAAACCGAUCACAGGAAGUAAGAAAAGAACGCGCAAUGGAAAUGGUAAAAACAAAGUGGUUAGAGAUGGAACAACAAAGAAAGCUUCAAGGAAAUGUGAAUAGAGUUCCACCAUCCAAGAGACUUAAACAUCCAUCUAUGCCAUCAUCACGUUCGAAGUUCACUUCAUGUGAUAUCCUCUUUUCUCAGCAAAGAAAGAAAACUAAUGAUAAUUAUGAUGAUUUAGUGGAAUUAUUAUCUGAACCUUUACAUGAACUGAUUACAGCUCAUACUGUGUAUGGAUUAUUUGAGAAUUUUACUCCCUUUCAACUGAGUGAAACCGUUGACAAAUGUAAAGUCCGUAGUAUAUUCAAAUUUAAUAAUCCUGAAAGAAGAGAGUACUGUAAACUAUUGUAUCAUCAAUACAUCAAAACUAAUAUGGAUAGUACAACUAAAUCUCUCGGGAGUUGGAUCAAUUCUUUAAUAUUCGAAAGCAUUAAGUUUGGUCAUGUCAGUGAUAAAGCACAUCUCCACAACUUUAUGCAUAGGCAAACACCUUGA